UUUGCAGAAUUAACGUGGCCUUUCACUAUUGGCUCGAAAUUGGAGAGGACCCACCUAACAUUCAACCGUUUAUAACUACCAGUCUUCUCCACGGAGGGAAAGCCCCAGAAUCACCACCCAAACCCGAGUUUUGCCCUUUUCCUAGUCAUGAAAUCUCCUCCAAAACCUCUCAUACCCCAAGCCCAACUCACCUUUGAAUCUGUUCCAAGUCGCUCACCACCUCCAAAACCCACCACGCUACCAUGCUCAAAGGCAAAAAGCUCAAGCUUCCCGAUAGGCUUGGCAGCUUAGUAGCUGGAUUCGACGACAAGGAUGACGAUAGCGGAGGAUCCGGUUCGAUUUUCGAGUCGGGAGAAGAGCUCGAGAUCAUUCAAUCAAACGGAUUCGCGUUGGAUCGUGAAAGCGAGACUGAUGAUGAUGGUGAAGUUGAAGAGGAGACAAUGGUGAAGAGGAAGAUGAAAGUGGACGGAGAAUUGGAACAUAACGGGCGGCAACAGAGGCACGAAAAAGACGGGUCGGACCAUCUUUGGCUCAUGAAAAAUAUUGAAGCAGAUGAGAAAAGGUCUGAUCUUGAGUAUGAGAUUUCCCAGAAGGAGAUAAAUUUGGAAAAAUUGCAAAGAAUUGCUAGCACAGGGCUUCCUGAUGGAGGAGGUUUGCGUGCAACAGUUUGGAAGCUGCUCCUGGGUUACUUACCUCCAUCUCGGAACCUAUGGGAAAAGGAGCUGACUGAAAAUAGACAAAAAUAUGCUAAGCUGAAAGAGGAGCUUCUUUUAACUCCUUCAGCACUUGCAAGGAUUAAAGAAGAAGCAUUGCACUCUAAUGAGCAUAAUAACGCUGAUAGUGAUACUGAUGGACCACUGACGCGGCAUGAAGUGUCUCAUGAAGAUCACCCUUUGAGCCUUGGUAAGGCUAGUGUUUGGCAUCAAUACUUCGAGCAUACAGAGAUUGCAGAACAGAUUGACCGUGAUUUGCAACGCACACAUCCUGAAAUGAAAUUCUUCUCAGGAGAGUCAUCGUUCAGCCGGAAACACAGGGAAUCAAUGAGGAAUAUUCUUCUCCUAUUUUCAAAACUCAAUCCAGCUAUUCGUUAUGUCCAAGGAAUGAAUGAGGUCUUGGCACCAAUAUACUAUGUAUUUAGUACUGAUACAGAUGAGCAGAAUGCAUCUAAUGCAGAAGCAGAUAGUUUUUCUUGUUUUGUCCGACUCUUGAGUGACUCAGUGGAUCACUUCUGUCAACAAUUAGAUAAUAGUUCUGUGGGCAUCCUUUCUACUCUUUCCCGCUUGGCAGAGUUAUUGAAAGCCAAUGAUGAGGAACUGUGGCGGCAUCUUGAAAACACAUCUAAGGUUAGGCCUCAGUACUAUGCAUUUCGGUGGAUAACUUUGCUACUUACUCAAGAAUUCAAUCUCCAAUCUAUCUUAAGAAUCUGGGAUUCUCUUCUGAGUAAUCCUUUUGGUGUGCAGGAUAUGCUUCUACGUGUUUGCUGUGCCAUGCUGUUGUGUGUUAAAAGCAGGCUUUUGAGUGGUGAUUUUGCAGCUAACUUAAAGCUAUUACAACACUACCCUGAUAUUAAUAUAGAACACCUUCUACACGUAGCCCGAGACCUUAGUCCGGACACCUCUUCCUAUCGAUUGUCUUUGUAAAUUCACAUCACAUGCACUUUUGUAGACAAAGUUAUCUCUCGACAUGACUUGCAAUCUUUAACGAAAUUUAAGCUGUUGAACAAGUUGUUAUCCAAAACUUUUUCAUCAUAUUUUUGAAGGAUGAAAAUCAGCAGCAUCAAUUAGACUGAA